AUGACCACCCGUCCAUCUGCGCCGUCCUCCUCGUCCUCGUCGACGACGGCGCCGGCAGCAGCAGCAAUGGCAUCACCCUCGACGGGAUCCAUAGGCUCCCCCUCCCUCAGCGCUCCACCAAUACGCAUGCGACACCCUCUUCCAGCCCCACCACUUCAAUGUGCACAGCCACCGCUCCACAGAAGCAGGUCCAUCAAGUCCUCCCACCAUCAUCAACCCACCUCGUCGUCUGCUUCAUCUGCAUACUCCACAAAUCGUACAUCGCCCCGGUACAGCUAUCCAGGCACACUCUCCUCGAUCUCGCCUUCCACAUCGCCCUACUACUCGAGCUCGCAUCCGAGUCCCGUGCCUUCGACCACCAGCUCGGCAGGUGGCAGCAGCGUCAGUGGCGGGAGCAGCCUUCGCACCCCGCCUGAUCUUCUCGUCAACGGUGCCAGCGUCGGCCACACGGGCAAAGGGUUGCAGCAGUUGGCGGUCAACAGCUGGAACGGUCAGCUGGUCAAACCAAGGCCACCGCGUAAUCUCGCCAAGGAGGAGAUUCGGAGAAGGCAGUCUUUGCUGAAAGAUUUGCCUCAACUGCCGCCGACCUUCUCACUGCCGAGUCCGCCUCCCAGUCCCAAGCUCGAACCGGCCCGAAUCAAAAAGCGGAGAAGAGACUCGGUAGACACCAACGACGACCCAGCAGCACCGCUUCCACCAUCUUCACGGCAGCCCGAACACCACCGUUCAUCGACCAUCGCCCUCGCCAACCACACACGGCAUCGCUCCCUCACACCUUCCACCCUCUCCUCGCUAGCAGCAGCCUACCGCUCCGCCGCACGCGAGCUCAAGCACGCCGCGGACGCGCGAGCUUCGUCGCUCUCCGCCUCUCGCCCCUCCUACCUCGCUGCCCGCCCUACACAAGUGUCGGCGCUGGAGCAGCUCGACGCAGUGCUGCUCUUCUGCUACGCCUUCUGGUUGGACGAUCUCGCCGCCUCUUGCCCCGGUGGGGGAUGCAUCGCCAAAAACUGGAUCAGCCUCUUUGGUCUGCUUCGCUACGCCACCAAUGCGCACUCGGACCUGGGCAACGACGUGCUCCUCGGCGUCUGUCGCUUGGUCGAAUCGGCCGUCCUGCGCAAGCUGCACGCCCACGAUUCCGCGGUGCUGCUCAAGACGCUCACCGCGAACACCGGAGUGUCGAUGGGAGAGGUGACGCAGAUGGUGCAGCGCCAGACAGCCGAUUUGGAGCGGUCCGAUCGGUUGGCGGCGCAAGCGAGGAAUUUGCUCUCGCUGAGCAAUCUGGCAGCGUCGCAUCCGGAGUUGCUCGCGAAAGCGCUCGGUUCGACCGUGGUGAAUAGCGAGGCUGCUGCGAAGAGUGUUGAUCCCGGUAGCGAGGAGAGUUGCGGGGGGCUAGCGUGGCCGCUGGACAGUAUGAGUGCCAUGCCGUUCCUGGUGGCUUUUGGGAGGUGUGCCGUUGCCGAACAGGCAAGGCGGGCGGGGGUGGAGUUUGCGCUCAAGGUGGUCGAGCGCGAGUGA